AUGAAGGUUAUUUGUUGUUUAUUAUUAUUUAUUUUUCUAAUUAAAUGUAUUGAAGCGAGAAAAUCUCAUCAUACGUAUGUAAUUGUACGCAAUGCAACAGCUUCGGGAAAACCAAUGUAUGGAUUUUCAAUAUUUGAUUCAGAAGAAAAAAGACAUUUAUAUCGAAUAAGAAUUUCUUCAACUGAAGUGGAUACUGCUAUACUGAUUGAUAAUUAUAGAAAGAAUAUCGUAGCUAAUCUUAAAGGUAUAUGGAUAGAAAAAUUAGUUAACGUUUCGUUUUCUGUCUAUGAUUCAAAGUUAGGCAAAUGGACAGAUGGAUUUAUACAAAGAAAUACUCAUACCUAUGAAGAUUAUACAAUUCAUUUUAAUAAUCAACGAUUAAGUGCAAAAUCGAGCCGUUUUUCGAAAAACAUAAAAGUUUAUACACAACAGCAAAAUGAAUUAUUGGCUCAAUUUCGAUAUCGUACUCGAUGGCUGUCUUGGAGGCCGGUCAAAUAUGAUUUAAACAUUUAUUCAACUAAAGUACCUGAUGCUGUUUAUUUUUUCUUAGUGUUAAUUAUAGAUCAUCGAGGUUUUGCUGGUGAAAACUAA